GUCUUGAAUCCGUCCUCUCGCCCUCUUUAUUUCUGUCUCUCUCUGCCACCAUGCCUGCCAAGAACCCCCGCAUCAUUGCCCUCUUCGACGUCGACGGCACCCUCACGGCGGCACGAAAGGAAGUAUUGCCCGACAUGGUCGAGUUCAUCGCCAACUUGCGCAAGGAGAUCACGAUCGGCGUCGUGGGCGGCUCCGACUUGCCCAAGCAGAAGGAACAGCUCGGAGAGACCGUAAUGCAGGACUACGACUACAGCUUCUCCCAGAACGGCCUGGUGGCAUACAAGGCGGGAGAACUCAUCGGAGAGCAGACGAUUUCGAAGCACGUGGGCGAGGAAAACCUCAAGAAGAUCAUCAACUGGGUCUUGAAGUACAUGUCGGGCAUCGACAUCCCUGUGAAGAGGGGCACCUUCAUCGAGUUCCGGACCGGCAUGCUCAACAUCUCCCCGGUGGGCAGGAACUGCAGCCAGGAGGAGCGGGACGCGUUUGAGCAGUACGAUAACGAGCACAAGAUUCGGCAAACGAUGGUAGAUGCCAUGAGGACGGAAUUCGCGGACCUGAACCUGACCUUCUCGAUCGGGGGACAGAUCUCGUUCGACCUUUUCCCUACGGGAUGGGACAAGACGUUCUGCUUGCAGUUCUUGGGCGAGGGCACGACCGAGUACGAUGAGAUCCACUUCUUCGGGGACAAGACUUUCAAGGGCGGGAACGACUUCGAGAUCUUCGAGUCCCCGCGGACGAUCGGGCACACGGUCACGUCCCCGGAGGACACGAUGAAGCAGUGCAAGGAGCUCUUCUUGAAGUCGGCCUAACUAGAGCCACCCACCAGUUUUGCCACACCGCCUACUACAUAGAUAGCUCGUGCAAAACGUUUGGCCAGAGCUCGUGCAAUAAUCUGAAUCGAGUCGAAGCAGAGCGAAGUGAAGAUAUGGAGUGAGCUCGUGAAAUGAAGAGGUUCACUCGAAAAUGUUAAGCCGAGCGGGGGCGAGGCGCAUGCUUCGAGGCGGGGCAGGGGGGGGAGCGGGAGCUGUGUUCCCCGCCCCGCCCUGUGCGCAACUUGACAUUAUUUCGGGGCGUGUUUUCGAUGAGGGGUUUUGUUUGGGUAGGGCCCCUGCUUAUCCAGUGGUUGUGGCGCAGUGCACGCGGCACUAUGAUUGUUCGGGGUUCUAGUCGACGGUAUGGUAUUCCGCACUCGGUGGUUUGGUAUUCCGCACUCGGUGGUUUGGUAUUCCGCACUACUGUAAAACUCCUCCUGUAAGAUUAAAUUGCGUCGAAUCUCCAGUUCAUCCAGCGUACGUAACAAACAUGUUGUCACCGGGGGUGCGGUAACUUUCGUCACAACGUUGCUGCUGCUGCUGCUGCUACUGCUGCUGCUGCGGCAUGGCCAGCCGCCCGACACGCAGAGGGUUGUUGCACAUCGAGUAGCAGCCGCAGCUUGUUCGAUUGUGGUUGCGCUGACAAGUUCUUCUCGCGUGUCAUCAGAGCCCCGGCGACCCCUCGGGGUUGCCUAGCGUGGGUGGUACUUGGAGGUAUUCAUGUCGUGGUGCUUGAGCAUGAUUUACUUGCCGCGGUGAUAAAGAUGGUCGGAGUACUGAUAGACGGUAGAUGAUGUGCUGUCGGAGUUGCACCGCAUGUUGUUGGAGCCACCGGGUGCAGCAGCGUGUGAUUUUUGAGUUUGGCAUGGGUCUUCAUUUAUGCGCAGGGCGGAGAGAAAACUUGAAGGAGGAAGACAGC